UUGGUGCAAUGCAGCCACAGGAAAAUCGUAUUUAUAACCUUAAAAAAAACUAGACAAUAUUUAUAUUGCAUAGUGUCUGCCUACACAUUUGCAGUAGCUACAAGAUCUUAUGAUUGUUAAAUUUUAUGUUAUAAUCUUUUUUAAAAUUUUUUAAAAUUCAUUCUGUUCUGUGUUUUUUUGAAAUAUUGGUUUUCGAAGCACGCUCAAACAUUGUUCAAUUAUACAAUGGAAGUGGAUCCUUCCUUAAACAAUCAUGAAUUGGAUUUCUUCGAUGAUGAUACAGAUUUAGAUACGUAUAUUAAAAAGAAAAAAUCCUUCUCUACAAACUCCACGCUGUUUGAGGGAUCUCGAUAUGAAAAUAAAGGAGGUACAUUCACUACUGGAAUAAAUAUCUUCAGUAAAGAAGAGCAAAAAAAAAUGGAAGAAAGAGCUAAACGUUUUGGCCUUAAAAAUACUCAAAAAUUAAUUGAUGUUGAAGACGAGAAAGAAUUAUAUUCAAGUAUGGGCGUAUUUGAUGACAAUGAAAAUACAAAAUAUAUUAGAUUGAAUGUAUUACACAUGCGGGGAACUGAUGAAAUGAGCACGCAAGAUGUAUUUAAUUAUUUUAAAGAUUAUGCACCAGCAUCUAUUGAAUGGAUUAACGAUAUGUCGUGUAACGUCGUUUGGUUGGACAAUAUAUCAGCAGCAAGAGCAUUAAUAGGAUUAUCAAAAAAAAUAGUUGGAUUAAAUGACAAAAUCGAAAUUGGAACUAAUAAAAUAGAAAUUAAUGAUUCAAAUGAAGAUGACGAAAAAAAUACAAUAAAUUUAAGAAAUAUAGAUUUUCCUUUACCUCCAGGAAUUUGGAGAAAAGGCGUAAAUUGUGAUAAGUCACAAAAAAUACUUCUCAGAUUUGCUAUUAAUUCAGACAAGAAACAACCAAAUGCAGAAAAAUUAAGUGAAUAUUAUAAAAAAUACGGUAAUCCAAAUUUUGGUGGAAUGCGAGGUAUUUUAACAGAUUCAAGAAAAAGAUUGUAUCGUGAUAUAAAAAAUAAACAAAAACCGUCUGAUAAAAUAAUUGAAGAUAGCGAAAUUGAUUCUAAAAACCCUUGGGGAUCUCUUUCUGAAGCUUGGGGGACUAAUGAUUCAGUCGAAAAGGAUUUUAUAAAUCAGUCACAAACAAAAGAUUCACGAAAGAUGGCAAUGAAACAAAUUGGAAUUAAAAGAAGACUUGGAGUUAAAUCAAAAAAUAAAACGGUUGAUGAUAACUUUACAAGUAGUGACACUAAUUCUGAUAGUGAUGAUGAAUGGGGUAAAAGAACUAAAGUAUUAAGAAUGAGAAUGCAUGCAGACGAUGAAGAAGAGAAAGUACAGAAAAGAAAAUUAAAACAAUUAACAAUGAGAAUGGAGGAAAAAAUAUCUAAUUGUGAUUUGAGAUCAAGAUUACAGCGAAUGAAUUCUAUAGUUUAUAAAGAACCCAUCAAAGUAACUGUUACAAAUAGUCCUGAGACACUACGAAUAGAAACAGAAAAUGAAAAUGUUGAAAAAAACCACAUUGAAGAUCUCAUUGAUAAUAAUAUUAAAGACAAAGAAGAAGGAGAAUGGGAAAACAAUGAAGAAGACAUGGAAAACAAUGAAAAUUAUUCAGAUCAAAUGGAAGAAAAGGUCGACAAUGAAGAAGAUAAUUCAGAUUGCGAUAGUGAUAUUUCUGAGAAAGAAGUUCAAGGACCUAAAGGAAGUGUUAUAAAAGUUGUUCAACGUGCAAAACCACGAGUUGCUUCUACAGUUUGGGCACGAUUAAAUCAUUCAGAGAAUUCACACACUAAAGAAUGGGAGCAUUCCGGAAAUGCAGUUUCAUCAGGAGAUUUAAGAUCAAGAUUAAGUCAUAACAGAGAACGAUCGCCGUUAAGAAUAGAAGUUCGCAAUGAUAAAUAUACAAAAAAAAACAGUACAAAUAUAAUAAAAAAGAAAUAUUGAUCAUACUUGAAGAUCAUUAAAGCGCCACAAGUAUUUGUGUUAGUACCAUAAUAUAUAUAUAAAUGAGGAAAAACUUUGUCUAGAGAUCAUAAACAGAUAAACGUAUAAAAUUCAAGAAAAACUAUGAAAAAAUUAUAUCUAAAUCAUUCACUUGCCGGAAAUAAAAAAUUUUUCAUCUGUAUUUACUAUCAUUCAAAUGGAAUAUGGAAACGAUUAUUAUCAUCUGGUAUUUAGUACAUGAGAACUUCAUUUAUUUAUUUAUCUAUAAUUAUUGAGAUUUUAUCUUAUUUUUAUAAAUAAUAAAUAACACAUGAGCGUUAGAGAAACUUCAAUAAUUGAUAUGACAUUGAGACGAUUUUCAACAUAUAUUUUUUUUAAAUACAACAACCAGGAACACAUACACAUUAUUUUAUUUUUUAUUAAAAAUCAGAUUAAGAAAAAGGAAUUACUGAAUUUUUAAUUACAAUAGAACCAUAAUAUUUGAAUAAUUGUAUUUAAUUGUUGCUGGAAUUUUUAUUCUUUUACUGAAUUAAUAUUUUCUGCAUUUUUCUAAAUUUUAUCUUAUAAAAUAAAUAAAUUGUACUCAAAGACAAAUAGACCAAUUACAUGUAAAUAUUUUUAUACAUAAUUUUAAAAGGACGUAAAAAUAAUUAUAAUAUAAAUUAUUUCCUUUUACUUAAUAACGUUUAUAAUAUUUUCGGAAUAAUUUUUUUUCAAGACAUCUUAAAUAUAUAUAAAUAUAAAUGAGGUAAAACUUAUGUCAUUCAGUAAUUAAGGACGAACAAGUAGAUGGAAUUUGAAAAAGGAAUUGAGGGAAAAAAUUAUGCUAUUAUUUUGACAAAAGAAUUUUUAACAUUUCAUUUUCUAUAUGUCAGCUAUCCUCAUCUUGUUAUUUUUCGAUAACAAUUAUGGCACAAAAAUAUUUACUUGUAUUUUUUUAUUGCUUAAAUUUUACAUAUCAAUUUAUUCGUCCAAAAUUAUUCCGCAAAGUUUUUCCUUAUUAAAUAUACACAUUAUCACUUGAUAAAUUUCAUUAAUACGAUUAUUUAUAUACUAGAAACAUUGAAAAAUAAAAUUUUUUUUUUUGUUAUUUUUGUGCCAUGCAUAAUAUCUCCUUACUCAUACUAUUGAUUUAUUUUAAUUGAUUUUUAUUUGAUAUUGCCUCAAUUUUUUUCAA